UCAGCCACAUGGGAAUAAUGACAGUCAGACUCAGUAUUCUCUAGCUGCGUGGCUGGUUGUUGUGAGUUUGUUGUCCUGCUCUCGUCUCCUAUAUCAAUAAUAAGAGCCUUUGGCUGAAGUGGUGUCACGUUUCUCUUUAGCCAAGCAAAUAGCACUCACCUGUUCCUGUUAUCUGGUUACCCUCAUCACUAAUUCAACAUCAGACCCAGUACCGGGCAGCUGUGUGUGUAUGUUCAGGCCAGACAGCAUGCAGAGGGGCUUGGGGAAAAAGUGUGAAGACGAACUGAUGCAGGACGGAGACGCCAUGAGCCCACAAACGCAGGACUCCAAGAGCUCGACUGGGGAGGAGGAAAGCAGUGUGGUGCCCUCUGCACCACCUUUACCUACUUCACCUCCUUCUCCACCGUGCCAGAGACCGAAAUUGAUAUUUCACACUCAGCUUGCUCAUGGAAGUCCUACAGGCCGCAUUCAUGGCUUCACCAAUGUUAAAGAGCUCUAUGCCAAGAUCGCAGAGGUUUUCAACAUUUCUCCCUCUGAGAUCCUCUUCUGUACUUUAAACUCACACAAAGUGGACAUGCAGAAGUUGUUGGGGGGGCAGAUCGGCCUUGAGGACUUCAUCUUUGCUCACGUCCGAGGAGAAACCAAAGAGGUGGAGGUCACUAAAACGGAGGACGCCCUUGGCUUGACCAUCACUGAUAAUGGCGCAGGAUACGCUUUCAUUAAGCGGAUAAAGGAGGGCAGUACCAUUGACCGGCUGAAAAAUGUGUGUGUUGGUGAUCACAUUGAGGCUAUUAAUGACCAGAGCAUUGUGGGAUGUCGUCAUUAUGAAGUGGCCAAGAUGCUGAAGGAGCAACCGCGAGGAGAGCCGUUCACUCUCAGACUGGUGGGACCAAAGAAAGCAUUUGACAUGAUUGGUCAGAGGACACGAGCGCCAAAAUCCAGUGAGGGCAAAAUGGUCAGUGGGAAAGAAACUCUGCGUCUGCGCUCAAAAGGAACGGCAACCGUUCAGGAAGUGCCCAGUGAAUAUGAAGAGAAGGCCAUCAAGAUGGUUGAUGAUCUUCUCGAGAGCUACAUGGGCAUACGGGAUCCUGAACUUGCAACCACCAUUGUAGAAGCCGCCAAAGACAAGCAAAAUCCAGAUGAUUUUGCUGAGGCUCUAGACUCUGUUCUAGGGGAUUUUGCCUUUCCUGACGUAUUUCUGUUUGACAUCUGGGGAGCUCUAGGGGAUGUAAAAAAUGGCAGAGUUUAGGCCAAUGGCCAAUUUUUCAAUCUGGCUAUGUCUCUCGGUAUUCUUACACUCAGAUUUUGGUAUUAUCACAGUAUUCUCGUGUCAGAUGUAGCUGCUUUAAAAAAAAAAAUUCUUGGCUGCAACUGGCUGUCCAUUAUUCAACAAGAGAUUUAGAGCUGUCACUUCAAUUUCACAUGUAUAUUAUUAUACUCUGACAGUUCACAACCUUAGCUGCAGAGCUCUCACGGCCCCAGCAAACCCCUGAGUGCAAAGACCAGAAGUGUGCCGUGUCAUUAACCCGUUCUUGAAGCAAAAAAUCUCAGAAGACCUCAUGUAUGAACCAGUGACUGGGGAAAGCAGUGAUUGUGAGAUUAUAAAAAAUAUAUAUAAGUUUUGUAUCUAAUGUUUGCUACUUUAUCAAAGAUGGAAAAUUUCAUUGAUUUGUUAAACCAUAUAUAAAAUCAACUGGUAAUUAUAAUAAAACACAACUCGCUCUAAACAUUGUUGGUGCAACUCAUCCUUACAUUUGAAAAUAAUUACUAUUCCUUUUACUUGACAGAACUGUUUAUUGGAAAGUGAAAUCACAAAAGCUUAAUCUAAUUUGAGGUUAUAUACUGUAUGAAAAAGAUUUUGGGUGAGAUUUAUAUAUCCUGGCACAAUUAUUUGGGCCAAGUGUAAACCUAUUUUCACGGAUAUAUAUUAAUUUCGAUUUAAUAAUCAGCAAAUGUACACCAUGUGUUCAGUGUAAAACACUGAAUGCUUAAAAAACAAAAUGCAUUAUUUAAAGUUCAGCAUCUGGAAGUGUUUUUCAGACCAGACUGAAACUAAUUAUUACUAAAUAGCUUUUCGGAACAUAUUUGAGUCAUAACAUGAUGCACAUGCUCCAAAUAUUCAGUUAUUGUUUAUCUUUAUUUGUCUUGAAAGAGCAUUUGCUGAUGAACACACUAUUUAUACUGUGGUGUCUGCCCAUGUAAAGGUCACUUCAUUAUAUGUCAUAAAAGAUCAGGUCACUUUAUAACCACAGCUUUAUGGGAGCUGACCUGAAUUGGCAAGCCUUGACAUGAUACUCUUCAGUUUGAGCUUUUGGCCUAUGAUGUCUGUCAUUUCUAUCUAAUGUUUGCUUACAAAUGAAGGUCUUCUUUUCAUGUGCAGAUAUUUAUUGUGGUGUGUAUAUAUGAAAUAUGACAUGAACUACUGCAGUAAUGUUUAUCUGCAUUAAAGACUCAUUGUAGUACACAGAGGCCUGGACUUCUUCAAAUGUAUUAAAGGGGAACAGUCAUGUCUAUUUAUUUUAAAGAGUGGAAAAUACUGGACUACUCAUAGAUUUAAAAAGGAACCAUGAUAUAUACCAUUAAAGCCAUUUUACUGAAAUAAGUCAUUGGACUCAACUCCCAAGAAGAAAUAUGUGUCAUGGCAUACAUGGUGGCAUAUUAAUAUUGCUUAUUAUAUAAAAAGUGGUAAUACAAACCUGAAAUAUAGAACAUAGUUGCUAUAUCUAUCUGUGUUCGGAAUGGCAUAGAGGUAUAAUGCAAUGUCACUGUCUGUAUCUGUUUUGUGCUCCAAAUAUCUGUAACUUUAUUGGGAUUUAAACCCCAGAUGGGUGUGGCCUAAACCAGAAGACUUAGUCCACUGUCAGCAUAGUCAUGUGGCUGUGACAGUUCCUCGACCUCACCUACGUGACCCCAGUUCAAAAUUGGUCUCAACUAGCGAUGACAUUUUUUAAAAUUCAGCUCAUGCAGCUAUUAUUUUUAAAUGCAAGAAUUCUCACAGAAAUGAGAAUUACCUUAUACAAUCUCACUAUUAUACUUUUUAUAAUAUCCUUGGAAAUUCCCUACACAGUAGCAUUGUGUAAUACUUAUGUGGGGCUUAGUAUAUAUAGUAUGCAAGUACACCCAAAGAAAUCUGGAAUAAAAUAAUAAAACAAUUCUGUAUUUGUAAAUCUAUAUUUCAAAAUGUCAUAUGAUUUUUAACAAAUAUUUCCUCAAAGUUGGUGUAGUUGGACUUGAUCACGUCACUGUUUGACUGAGUGACUGUUCCCGUUCAAAUGUAAUUUGGAUCAUGUAUACUGCAUCUUGGAAAUCACCUUAAUUUCCUUACCAUAUAUUUAUCACAAACAAAUUGUGUAGAUGUGUGAAUGUGUAUGUGAUUGUGACCUGCGAUGGAUUGGCACCCCUUCCAGGCUAUACCCCGCCAUGUGCCCCAUGCUCCCUAGAUUAUUCUCAAGGCUCCCUGUGACCCUGUAGGAUAAGUGGUAUAGAAAAUGGAUGGAUGGAUGGAAUUGUGUAGAUUUGUCUCAUCGUGUUAUAUUUAUACACUGUGUAGACAGCUUGUAUUAUUUUCAAAGUGAAGACCUGACAAUGUACAGCAUCUUGGAAAUUUAUUUCACGAAGUUACCAAUAAAACCUUGUAUGUACUACUUUUUAAACUGUUUAGUUAUUAUAAUAAGUGUGUAAUUGGGACUUUAGUGGAGUGUCUCUUGUAUUUUCAGUGCUUUAUUCAACAUUAUACCACAGCACUGUUGAAUUCUCGAAUCUGGUUUUUGAUUCAUUUUCUACAGCAGCUCUGAGAGGUGUUCCAGUUGUACUUCAAAUCACAGGGACUUGUAUGGUGAACACACAACAUGAUGAACAGAUUGAAAAUGUCAUUGUUAUUUACCGAAGAAAAACAUACAUUUUUGGAAUGAGUCUCUUU